AUGGCGCCGGCGCCUCCACGUGCUCACGAUCCCACCAACAGCACUGCACCACCAGACGCCACGCCGGCAGCCACGGAGAAGUUCGUCAAUGGCAAUAUGAUAGGCACUACGGAAUCGCCCCUGAGCAGCGAUUCGAGCCAGAAUCUCUAUGCAUCCGUCGAUAGCAUUGACGAUGGUGGCUCACAGAACAUCUACGCACCCCAGAUGCUGCCAGGUUUCUUACCGCAAAACCAAUUCGUUCCGGUGUCCUAUGGACCGCCGCCAUACGCACAGCUGAUGGAACCACCACGUUUUUGCGCCAAAUGUGGACGAGAUGCUACACAGGAGGGUGUGGGUGGCGCAGAGCCACCACGCGAGCAAAAAAAUCCCUUUAGUCAAACGGAACGUCGAAAUCCCUUCCAGCACAAUCCAUUCCAAAAGGGACACGACGAGAAACGUCGUGCCCCGUACGCUAUACGUGACAUGUGGAAAGACAAUGGCGAUGAUGGGUACGGUGGAAAACUGCGAAAGGAGGACGAGACGAUGGAUGGACAGGAGUGUGGCUGGAAACCAGGCCGUGGAAGUGGCCGAAAUCCGUUUUCAACACCUACCAACAACAGUCCGAAUCAAUACAAAGGACGUGAGCCAAGGGAUUCAGAACAGCGUGAAAAGUUCCGCAAACCGGCGCCUCAGUGCCCACAAUGGGAAGACCGCCACCAUCGCGUCAACAACAACUGUCCACUUUGGCAUCCUUAUAAGAUGUGCUUAUUCUAUCCGAAUUGUCGUUCUACAGCUCUCGAUUGCGGAUAUGCACAUCCUUUCUGUAGCGAAGACGAGUGUGAAUGUGCCGAAGAAAACAAGGAUCCACAGCUCAAUCACUGGAUCACUCCCAAUCGGUACGCUUUUUAG